GCCUGCCCUCCCGCGGGCCGCACCGGGCUCCAGGGGGCCAGAGGCUCUGCGGGGUGGGGGGAGGACAGGAGGAGAGGAGGAGGGAGGGGGGACCCCCGAGUCGCCCCCUCUCCUCCCCCCGCCCCCCAACUCCAUCCUCCGCCGCCGCCCGAGCAGCUGCGGGGCCGGGGCCGCCGCCGCCGCCUUUGCAGGCUGAGUCAUCACUGGAGAGUGGGAAGGGCAGCAGCAGCAGCAGACUCCAGACCCUGAAGCUGCUAUCACAGAGUACCAUUUCUGCAAGGUGGGGGCUCAGAGGGAGCCAUCAUGAGCGAUGUUACCAUUGUGAAAGAAGGUUGGGUUCAGAAGAGGGGAGAAUAUAUAAAAAACUGGAGGCCACGAUACUUCCUUUUGAAGACAGAUGGCUCAUUCAUAGGAUAUAAAGAGAAACCUCAAGAUGUGGAUUUACCUUACCCCCUCAACAACUUUUCAGUGGCAAAGUGCCAGUUAAUGAAAACAGAACGACCAAAGCCAAACACAUUUAUUAUCAGAUGUCUCCAGUGGACCACUGUCAUAGAGAGAACAUUUCAUGUAGAUACUCCAGAAGAAAGGGAAGAAUGGACAGAAGCUAUCCAGGCUGUAGCAGACAGACUACAAAGGCAAGAAGAAGAGAGAAUGAAUUGUAGUCCAACUUCACAAAUUGAUAAUAUAGGGGAGGAAGAGAUGGAUGCUUCUACAACUCAUCAUAAAAGAAAGACAAUGAAUGAUUUUGACUAUUUGAAACUACUAGGUAAAGGCACUUUUGGGAAAGUCAUUUUGGUUCGAGAGAAGGCAAGUGGGAAAUAUUAUGCUAUGAAGAUUCUGAAGAAAGAAGUCAUUAUUGCAAAGGAUGAAGUGGCACACACUUUAACUGAAAGCAGAGUAUUAAAGAACACUAGACAUCCCUUUUUAACAUCCUUGAAAUAUUCCUUCCAGACAAAAGACCGUUUGUGUUUUGUGAUGGAAUAUGUUAAUGGUGGAGAGCUGUUUUUCCAUUUGUCGAGAGAGCGGGUGUUCUCUGAGGACCGCACACGUUUCUAUGGUGCAGAAAUUGUCUCUGCCUUGGACUAUCUACAUUCCGGCAAGAUUGUGUACCGUGAUCUCAAGUUGGAGAAUUUGAUGCUGGAUAAAGAUGGCCACAUAAAAAUUACAGAUUUUGGACUUUGCAAAGAAGGGAUCACAGAUGCAGCCACCAUGAAGACAUUUUGUGGCACACCAGAAUAUCUGGCACCAGAGGUGUUAGAAGACAAUGACUAUGGCCGAGCAGUAGACUGGUGGGGCCUCGGGGUUGUCAUGUAUGAAAUGAUGUGUGGGAGGUUGCCGUUCUACAACCAGGACCAUGAGAAACUUUUUGAACUGAUACUAAUGGAAGACAUUAAAUUUCCUCGAACACUUUCUUCAGAUGCAAAAUCAUUGCUUUCAGGGCUCUUGAUAAAGGAUCCAAAUAAACGCCUUGGUGGAGGACCAGACGAUGCAAAAGAAAUUAUGAGACAUAGUUUCUUUUCUGGAAUAAACUGGCAAGAUGUAUAUGAUAAAAAGCUUGUACCUCCUUUUAAGCCUCAAGUAACAUCUGAGACAGAUACCAGAUACUUUGAUGAAGAAUUUACAGCACAGACUAUUACAAUAACGCCACCUGAGAAAUACGAUGAGGACGGUAUGGACUGCAUGGACAAUGAGAGGCGGCCGCAUUUCCCUCAGUUUUCCUACUCUGCCAGUGGACGGGAAUAAGUUCCUUCAUUCUGCUACUUCACUGUCAUCUUAGAUUGAUUACUGAAAAUGAUUCUCGGACAUCACCACCAGUCCUAGCUCUUAAAGACAGCAGGGGGCACCUUCCGACAUCCCAGACUGGUCAAGGGUCUUCACCCCUCGCCACCUUUCACCCACAGAGAACACACAUAGACGCAAACACACUCCAGUUUUUGUUUUUGCAUGAAAUUGUAUCUCAGUCUAAGGUCUCAUGCUGUUGCUGCUAUUGUCUUAAUAUUAUAGCAACUUUAAGAAGUAAUUUUACAAUCUUUGGAAGUCAUGAGCCCACCAUGUUCAUUUGUGCACCAGUCGUCAUCUUUUAUCUUUUAGUUUUUGUUUUUCCCCUAACAGUGAAGGCUAAAUGAGAUACGCUGAUUUAGGUACAUUUUUUUUAACUUUCUAGAAGAUAAAUCAAAAACUAAUUAGACUAAGAAGAAUUAGUUUAUAAUUCAGAGCAAGCACCUGUGGAAGGGUGGUGAUGUGCACGUGGAAGCUUCUGGAAAGCACAUCAGAUGAAUGCACACCGUGGGGUGGUGCAUCACUGAGAUUGGGCUGGGACUCGCUAGGAAGCAUUUGGGGGAAGGACUGAACAACUGCUGAGAUACAGAUGCUAUUUUUUUUUUAAUUCUUGUCGGACACUGCAGAGGAAGCCCAGUAUCACACGUGGACAUCCAGACUUCACGGGCAAUCAUGGGCAAAUGAACAUUGCUGCACCGAGAGAUGAAGGUAUUUGCGCAAAGUCAUGUAAAGGGUCUUAGGAUACAGUUUGCGCCAGAGAGCAUUUUUUCCCCUGUGCUUGGAAACCUUUUUCCCUUCUUGAUAAUUAUCACCUCUGAUGGCUGAAGAAUGUAGACAGAUACAAUGAUCCUGCUUCUCACCAAAAUUUGUUCACCAAGGUAAACAGUGUUUGCCUUAUUAGUUUUCAUUUUUUACUUUCAGUUCUACGUGAAUUAGUCUUUUCUCAAACGUUAAAACUUUGAAUGUCCUUUUAUGAUUUUGUUUAUAUUGCAGUAGUAUUUAUUUUUUAGUGAUGAGAAUUGUAUGUCAUGUUAGCAAAUGCAGCUCCAACAUAUAUAAAAUAGACUUACUGCAGUUUCUUUUGACCCAUGUGCAAGGAAUGUACAUGCCAAUGAGAAUCAAAUGCACUUUUUCUCCUGUGUUUAAAGAAAAUGAUACGGCUCUGAAAUUACAUAUUGGUUAGAAUUGGUCUUUGGGAGAAGAGAUGCUAUCAUUUGACCCCUUGGUGCUGAAAAUUAGAAAAUCCAUGCCAAGGGGUUAAUGAAACAAGUAGAUCUUGAUGUUUACUCACUGAAGAACUGAAGUGUUAUGAUGGCCUGGCAACAUAAUGCAAUGGAGAAAAUUAAGACCUGAAUGAUGAUAAGAAAUGAACUUUCCUUGGCAAAAUGAACACAUCUUGAAUAUUCACUAAGUAGGCAGUAAAGGAUUAGAACCUGUUGUGUUUAUUCUGAUCAUGGUACAUUUAUCACUCAAUUAAGCCAUCAGGGAAAACAAAACAAAACAACACCUCCAGCUUUUCUUUUUCUGUAUAUAUUCAUGUCCCCAGAUUCCAACAUUUUUCACUGAAAGGGGACAUGUGUGCAAACCUCAUCUUUCUCCUUCAUUAAUGAUGAUCUUCAGAUUCAACCCUUUGGUGCUAGGAGCUGACAUUUUCCAAAGCAGCCUAUGAAGUCCAAGGGGCUGGGGGCAUUCCUGUGGCAAGCAGGAGGCCACCCCACUCCAUGGAGUGAUCAUGGAGAUGUACUUCAGUUAAUCUGACAGCUCCCAAAUGGAAGACUACAGCGUGACACAGUGUUAUGAUUGCGUUGCAUGCAAGAGCAAGUGACUCUCUCAGUAGGAUGAAUCAGAUUCAUAAUGCAGAUGUCUUAGCCUCUUGACGCUGGAAGUGUGGCUUUACAGCUCUGAAACCACUGCAGGCGGUGGGUGGGCCUCUGGCACUGAUGGGGGAUUAAAGGGCAUUUUACUAAGGCAGCUAAGACAUAUUCAGACAUAGAUUUUAUCAUAAUUUUUCAUAUUUCUACCUAAGUAGAGUUCAUCCUUGGUAUUGAGUAGGAAGCUACAGUAAAUGGUAGUUCACUCUUACACAUUUAGCUUGACCUUUUUUCCCCCCAAUCUGGAAUUAUGUUGAAUGUUUCACAUUGACAAGAAAGUAGGCUUGAAGGUUUGUCCUUUAAGUUGUCCUGCACCCAUCAUAUAAGAAGGAAACAGGUGAGGAAGAGAAGGAAACUGAGACUGGCUGAUGUUCAGAGCAUUUAUUUCUUCAGAGGGAAACCGCGACACUAAAGCUCAUAGCUUCCUGUGGUUUUGGUUUUUUCCCCCUAAAUCUCAAGUUGAUUUCCAUGACCUUGGCCAAGGAUACUUCCUGAAGAUGAAUGACAGUGCUCCAGGCUGGCUGCUACCCACAGCUGGCUCUCAGUCACAGCUGGGAUUUAGUCGCUCAACCCUCAGAUUCCGUUAGUGUCUUUCUUCUUGGGACUCCCCGAUUUUCACUCCAGAUCUCAGCUGGCAUGGAAGAAUAACAGAGAAACAGAAAUGUAUGUAGAGGGAGAUUACUAAAACUUCCCUUGUGUUGCCCGUAGCUGUAGUUUGGGAUCCUGGCAGGUAGAAGACCUGAAACCUGAAUCAUCGUGUCAGAACAGAGUUCAGACUGUGCAGGCUCCGGCUCGCACUAACCAUCAUGCAGUUUGAACCUCUUGUCAGAUACAUAGCCAUCUUGGAGGAAAUUGGCCAAUUCUGCUGGGAUUGUUGGCAGAGUUGCUAAUGGCUUUGCUUUCUAUACACUAAUUACAUAGCAUUAUUCCAGUAUUGUUUUCCAUUUCCCAUACUGAUUUCCGGCUUCUUAAAGCUGACUGUUCAUGCAGGGGCCACUUGCUUCUCCUAGAGUACAAUAGUAAGGGCCUUCCUUACUAACUGCAGGGUCUGUAUAUUACACCUCAGUGUACACACUUUGCUGCUACUGUUUGUACUGUCUACAGUAGAAUGUCCUUAUCUUGCUCCUGGUAGUGCAUUACAGGCAAGCAUGAAAUGUAAAGUAUUUAUUUAAAUAAAAAAGAAAACUUCUAAAUUGGUAAUUGAAUUACCUCCCUGUAGCUUUAUAGUUUGUGACAUUUCUUGACCUUGCUAGUUCUUUCCUUAGAUCCGCGCAAGAUCUAGUUAUCUGGUUAAGGAUUUUAAGCAGAAGCAACUAUGAACCCAAGAAACUGUAUUACUAUUACUGUUGGUCAUACUAAAACUGUUUAUUUCCUUAAGUAUAUGACCCACAAGGAUGUGAAAUAACUACAAGAAACUGUUUUUGUACACUGUACAUCCUUAGUAUUUUUACACGUAUAUGAUAGGGAUGCACAUUAUUUUCCUUCGUACAGACAGCUUAAAUAAAGCACUAUGUCAAUCUG